GUGCCUUUUUUUGCCCUCGCCCGCGGCGCGGCCCCCGCGGGGGCCUGCAGGUGCAUGCCCCCAUUCCCUGGCGCCCGCAGACUGCAAGGGAGUGGUGCGCGCGACGCCGAUAUCGGCAGCUCCCUGCUGUCGCCGCCAAAGCCGCGGUCGCGGGUGCAGGGCGAGGUCCGCUUUUCCGAGGCGCAUGGCAACGGCGGCGCGAGCCCGAGCUCGAAGGCCGCGCUCCCGUGCGUCUCCUCCCGGCAGCAGCACUGCGUCCAGGACCGCGAGGGCAGCGUCCGGGGCUACCACGUCGGCUUCGACGCGAGGGCCUCCGGCGUGCACUUCGCGCAGCACAGGAGACGAAGAUCGUCGCCUCCACGUGGACAGGGGACCUCUACGUGGGAACCCGCGGGCGAUUCCGCAACUUCCUCGUCCGUCUCGGACCGUUGGCACGAGUCCCGGGUGGCUGCGUCGAUGCGGGCCUUCCUGCGCUCGAGAGUGUGGCAGACCGCGAGCAUGGGCGCCCUCUUCGUGGCCCUCUUCUUCGCGGACGUGUUCGUGUGGUCCCGUCGAAUGUCGAGCUGGACGCCAUCCUGA